GGAGAACUUACAGAACGCCCUGUACCUAGAUAUGGUGCCAGAGCCCUGGGCCAGGCGAGCCUACCCUUCCACAGCAGGCUUGGCAGCCUGGUUUCUGGACCUCCUCAACCGAAUCAAGGAGCUGGAGGCUUGGACAGGUGACUUUGCAAUGCCCUGCACCGUGUGGCUGACAGGUUUCUUCAACCCCCAGUCCUUCCUGACAGCCAUCAUGCAGUCCAUGGCCCGCAAGAACGAGUGGCCCCUGGACCAGAUGGUGCUGCAAUGUGAUGUAACAAAGAAGAACAGAGAAGAGUUCAGAUGCCCUCCUCGGGAGGGGGCCUACAUCCAUGGCCUCUUCAUGGAAGGUGCCCGCUGGGACACACAGGCUGGGAUCAUUACAGAGGCCAAGCUGAAGGAUCUGACACCCCCCAUGCCUGUGAUGUUCAUCAAGGCCAUUCCUGCAGAUAAGCAGGAUUGCCGCAGUGUCUAUUCCUGUCCUAUGUACAAGACUUGUCAGCGGGGACCCACCUAUGUGUGGACUUUCAACCUGAAGACUAAGGAGAACCCAUCCAAAUGGGUUCUAGCUGGAGUAGCCUUGCUUCUCCAGGUUUAGCUUCCUGCAGAGCCAGAGAAAAUGAGAAAAGAGCCUAGGCUGGAGCCUGCCUAGAAGGACAGGUGGGUGAAGGACGAACACAGACACUUAGAAAGAUAAGACAUCACAAGCACCCACAAUUCUGUAGAAUUCCCCUAGGGACUCGGAUGGAGAGCAGUGUCUAUAGUGAGGCUGAGCUGGAGGAGUAUGGGCCUCAAACUAGGAGAGAAUUUUGUAACACAAUGUUUCCAAUAAAAUGAUUUAUUUCUCAA